CCAGGAAGUUGCCGGAAGGUGUGUGUGGUGCCACGUGUGGUACGUGUGGAGCACAGAGAAUGAAUUUUAAUGUCUGGAAUGUCAGAGAGAUGCUCACUAUUCCCCCGGGCUCUGGGAUCACUAAACCAUCUAACUGGAGUAGUAAUCAGACCGACAGUUCUUCUCUCAGUGAUUCCCAGUUCCUCUUUGGAUCUCAGUUCUGUCCUGAAAAUUCAGAGUCUCUGUUACCAUCCUUGGAAGCUGGUGCUUAUUUAAGACAGCCAAAACAGACACAACAGAAUUCUCAGGAUAAUGAACCUAGUAUUUUCACAAAAUACCAAGCAAAGCCCCAGUUGUUUGGAGGCGAUACAAAGGGUGAAGGUUUAUUUUCUCUUCCUUUGCCAGUUGGAAAAUCAAAAGGACUCUCAAAACAGUUUGAGGAUAAAAAACGAAGGGCAACAGACCAAUCUGACAGUGAGACGCUGCACAACUUUGUUUCUCAUUUUCCAGAAGUCAUCCACAAGUUGCAGACAUCUGUGGAAAAGUCUGAGGAACAUCUCAGCUCUAGAGGCCAGUCUAUUUUAGAUUCUGUGGAGACCAUAGCCAAGACCUUUCAAGAGACUUCGAGGGUCCAGCAUGACCUGAUGGUUGAGGCAAUGAAAGACAAAGGCAGUGUGGAGCAGGCCAUCCUUGAGAUACAGAAGACAUGUGCAGCUAGACAAGCAGAAUUGAUGGAGAUGAAAUCCACCCUGAAGAACCUUGAAGUUUUAGUUGUCCAGCAGAGUAAGAACUUCCAGCAGCUUUGUGACAACCUGGGCCAGCUCCUUGUGCCUGGUAUCCUAGAAGAGCUGAAAAAAUUCACCUCUGUGCCUCAGGUGGCUAGGCAUCUGAAAGACAGCGCCUCUCAGACCUCACCAUCUCUGACCCAGAGCCUCCAUUUUACUGGGCAGGAAAAGUAUCCCUCUGUAGAGCCAGCUACUUGGCAGGCCCAGGAGUCUCCUGCAGGAAAUCCCAGUAGGAGUUCCCAGAGACCUGGGGAGUUUGGUGUCUGUGAUGAGGAAGCCUCAGAGAGUGAUGUUUUUCAAAAGGCUGCAUUGACAACAGGAGAGCCCCAUAGAGGCAAUGAACAUGUGAAGAACAAGACCAUGCAGACUUACUGCAAGAACUGGGUUAUGACCACCAGAAGCCUCAGUAACUACUUCUCUAGUCUCCCAAGCCAGAAGGCUGCCAGUGACCAGGGUCCAAUUGCCCAAGGAGAUUCACAGUUGGACUUAAAUAAGUCAGAAGCCAGAGUGAAGAAUGUCUGUCCUGAAUAUGAGGCCCAAAGCAUUUUGUCUUUUGACUCAUUUGAACAGUCAGCAGCUGAACAGAAAGGCAGGACCUGUAGAAAAAGGAGGAGAGGCAAGAAGCAGCAACCCAGGAGAGCAAAGAUAGGCAGGCUUCUAGCUAGGGAGCAAGCGCAGACCUCAAGGAAGACCGGUAAUUUCAUGGCUAGGCAUCACUGUCCCCAGUCUCCAGUUUGUAAUCCACAGGGGCCCCUCAUCUGUUGGCCAACUCUGAGAAGCUCUACAAAGUCAGCCUGCCAUAUUUUGGGAGGAACAGGAGAGAUCAGUAAGACAGCAAGGGCAGCACAAGGGGACCUCCUGCAAUCUUCCCAGCACUCCUCCACAGACAGCAGCUCCCAGGGGGACCAGCAGAUAAAUUGGUUCAGUGACCUCAGCCUUGAAAACCUAGAGCCUCCUCUGUGUAAGAAGGGAGGGAAGAACUUGCUCUGCGAUCCGGAUUUUGAUAGCAGUGAUGAUAAUUUAUAACCUGCCAACAAUGACUUUAGCUGAUGGUUUGUUCUCAGUUAGAAUGACAAACUGUAGGACAUUGGAUUGAGAGCAGCGCACAGCAUCUGAAGCUGUCGUAUCUAGUCUCAGAGUCAGAGAUCUUGGCCGACUGUGGCCAGCAGGGAGAGGGUAGAAUCAAUACUCUCAGUUAGCAGUUGCUGCUCACAAUGGGAAGGUAUGGGGAAGGAAUGUGUGGAGACAGUGAAGAGAACUCAGGGAGUAGCCUGUGGUAACACAUCAGAAAGUGUCUUUGUGUACUUGGUGAAAAGGGCAUUGGGGAAUAUGAUUUAGAAGAACUCUCAGAAAUGUUUGUGAGCACAUAAGUAACUCUCAAAACAUCCCCUGCACCUGACUGGUCCUUUCUGAACCUCAGCUUUCUCUUUAUCUAGUGCUGUCAGAGAGUUUUGUUUGUUCCAUGAGAGGACGUGUUACAGGGUAGGGCACACUAUUAGACAAAGUAGCCUUGGCCGGCUUUGAAUUUACAAUUCUACCUCUGCCCUCAGAAUGUUGGUCCCAUAAGCAUGACUUGAUUCUCAGCUGUAAAUAAGACUACUUAGGAGGCAGAGGCAGGCGAUCUCUGAGUCCAAGACAGCCAGAGCUACACAGAGAAAUCUUGUCUCGAAAAACCAAAACAACAACAACACCCCAAAACAACAAGAACAGAGUGUUAAAGCUGCCUAUGAACGUGGGAUGUGGUGGCUUAUGCCAGGAUCCAACAGGAAGCUUCCUUCAGCCCUUCCCAGACUGACUUCAGGUGCGUACAGGGUCAUCAGAAAGUAUCUUUGAGACCAAAGGACCUUGUUCCUGUUGAACAGUUGUAGUAUUGGUUAUAUUUUAUUUUUAUCUUGUUGAUGUUUGGGGUUUUUUUUUACUGUUUUAAUUCAAAGUUGAAAUCCUGUGAAUUUAAAUAUUUUUCAGUUAGUAUUUAUGAAUGAGCCCUUCUAGAACCAUCUGACUGUAAAGUGCCAAAGAUGAACACUGUGUUGCUAGUCUCUGCUGUGUAACAUGCUCUGUUUCUUCAAAAGUAUUUCAUUUUGUGUAAUGACAUCAGAGUCCGUGUGACUCAGUGUCCACUAGUUGGGUGUUUUGAUAGAAUAAGUGGUAAAUGUAUCUCUAACAAGACUAAGAUAAUUACAAAUUACACUG